GUCACACCCUGUGAGCAGCUCUGUGCCCUCGGAGGUCCUUCUGCCUGCCUGUCCCCAUGCCUCUCCUCUUGCUGCUGCUCCUGCUGCCACGCCUGUCGUACCCCCAGGAGGUCUGUGAGGUCUCCCAGGUGACCACCCUGAUGGAAGUGAACUGUGACAACAGGGGCCUGAAGGUGCUGCCCGCGGAUCUGCCGGGAGACACGGCCAUCCUCCACCUGAGCGCGAACCCCCUGGGCGCCUUCUCCACGGCCUCCGUGCAGUCUCUGACCCGGCUGGCGCGGCUGUACCUGCGUCAGAGCCAGCUAACCAGCCUGCAGCUGGAGGGGACGCUGCCUCGGCUGGAGAAGCUGGUCGUGUCCCACAAUAAGCUGAAGAGCCUGCCCUUGCUGGGACAGGCACUGCCAGCCCUCGCCAUCCUGGACGUCUCCUUCAAUGAGCUGACCUCGCUGUCUCCCGGCACUCUGAGAGGCCUGGGUGGGCUCCGUGAGCUCUACCUGCGAGGCAACAAGCUCAAGACUGUGCCCCCGGAGCUCCUGCGACCUGUGCCCCAGCUGGAGAAGCUCAGCCUGGCCGACAACAAGCUGAAUGAGCUGCCCCUGGGGCUCUUGGACGGGUUGGGGACCCUGGACACCCUCUACCUCCAAGGGAACUGGCUGCGCUCCGUACCCAAGGGCUUCUUUGGGAAUGGCUUCCUGUCUUUCACUUUUCUCCACAACAACCCCUGGUCCUGUGACUGUGAGAUCCUCUAUUUUGCUCGCUGGCUGGACAGAAACUCCGACAAAGUCUACUUGUUCAAGGAGGGUGAAGACGCCAAGGCCAUGACUCCUGACGUGGCGAGCGUGCGAUGCGUCAACGUGGCCAACACGCCCGUCUACACCUACCCAGGGAAGGGCUGCCCCAGUCUUGGGGAUGAGGAUGACCUAAGCUACGAUGACUACGAUAACGAGGAAGAGAUGGGAAAGGUCUCUGCCACGCGGGCUGUGGUCAAGUUCUCCACAAACACCAGAGCCCACACAACCCAGUGGGCCCCGCUGCACUCAGCAUCCACGGCUCCCCCAUACCGCCACGUGCCCCAUCCGCCUUCCACCCUCGCGUCUGUGAAGAACCAGAGCCUGUUCCCCACCACGCCAGAGCCCAGGACGCCCACCGCGCCCCACCCCCCACCCCCCACCACCCUGAAGCCCACCAUGUCCCACCCCUCCACCAUGCCCCGGCCCAUGACCUCGACCAUCCCAGGGCUCAUCACAACUUCUACCACGCCCCCGACCGCCCCAGAGCCUACCACGACCUCCACCAUGGCCCCCACCACCCCACAGCCCCCCAUCACAAUUCCUACCACCCCAAGGCUCAGCACAACUUCUACCAUGCCCCUGACCGCCCCAGAGCCUACCACAACCUCCACCAUGGCCCCCACCACCCCACAGCCCCCCAUCACAAUUUCGACCACCCCAGGGCUCAACACAACUUCUACCACACCCCCAACUGCCCCAGAGCCUACCACGACCUCCACCAUGGCCCCCACGGCCCCCACCACCCCACAGCCCCCCAUCACAAUUCCAACCACCCCAGAGCUCAGCACAACUUCUACCAUGCCCCCAACCGCCCCAGAGCCCACUACCCCCACCACCACCCCAGAGCCCAUGACGACUCUAAUUCUCUCUGAACUGACCACAUUCUUUGAGAUCCCAAAAUUAACCUCACUCCCUACCAUUUUGGGAUACCCGAUAAGCCCCUCAUCUAUCCACCUCCCAGGGGCCCACGAGGGGGUUCGAGGGAAUCUGGAGAGCUCCAGAAACGACCCUUUGCUCAACCCUGACUUCUGUUGUCUCCUCCCCCUGGCCUUCUAUGUGCUGGGUCUCCUCUGGCUUCUGUUUGCCUCUGUGGUCCUCAUCGCACUGCUGGCCUGGGCCAGGCAUGCAGAGUCACGGACCCUGGCCACGGCCACACACACGACACAUCUGGAGCUUCAGAGGGGAAAGCAAGUGACCAUGCCCCGGGCCUGGCUGCUUUUCUUUCAAGGGUCCCUCCCUACUUUCCGCUCCAGCCUCUUCCUGUGGGUACGGGCUAAUGGCCGCGUGGGGCCUCUGCGGGCAGGACGACGGCCCUCGGCCCUUAGUCUGGGUCGGGGUCAGGACCUGCUGGGCACAGUGGGCACUAGGUACGCAGGCCAUAGCCUCUGAGGGUGAGCGGUUUGGGGACCUGCAGAGGCUGU